GAUGGCGCGCGCGUUCCGUGCGAUUGUUGAAACCCGCGGGGUUAUCAGACCCAUUAGGCUAUUCCCACUCUCUAGACCAAGAGCUUCUACCGUUAUUGUAUGAUACAUAUAUAAUCGCCUGCCGUAUAUGAUUGACAUGUUCGCUAUCUAGACAUGCAUCAACAAUUCUACGACUCGAUAUAGAUUGACUGUACUAUACUUUAACCCCCCUGAUCCCUUAUUCCCCGUACACAACUCUCCUCACAUCAAUAAAACAGAGAAGCAAACAACAAUGUCUCUAUCUAGUGUAAUAAGCGUCAUACGGCAAUGUUUCCCAGGAAAGCCGCAGUUUACGGGAAAGAAUGUCCCAGACCUGACUGACAAGGUCGUCGUCAUUACCGGAGCCAACACGGGCAUCGGAAAAGAGAUCGCGCAGAUAGCCUACUCCAAGAAUGCCAAGGUCUACAUAUUUGCACGAUCCGAGGAUAAGGCGAUAAAAGCCAUAGACGAUAUCAAGGCGGCCGUUCCCAAGUCAGCCGGUGAACUGAAGUACAUCCAUCUCAACCUCGCCGAUCUCACAAGUAUUAAGCCAACGGUUGAGGAGUUCCUCCGCAAGGAAGAGAAACUAGAUAUCCUGUUCAACAAUGCGGGUGUCGGCUACCCGGAAAAGGGAUUAACGACGAAACAGGGCUACGAACUCCAAUUGGGCGUGAACUGCGUCGGUACAUUCGCCUUAACGAAACUCCUUACCCCGAUACUUGUAUCAACAGCCAAGACGGCGCCACCGGAUAGCGUCCGCGUGAUCUGGGCAUCAUCCUCCGCUGCCGAGGGAAUGAAUCCCAAGGGGUUCAUGAAGAACGUAUACAACGUGGAGAAGAUAGGGGCCGCAGAAAAGUACUUCACCAGCAAACUGGGGGGUUAUCUAUAUUCGGCCGAAUUCGCAAACCUCCAUAAGGCGGACGGCGUGUUGUCCGUCUCACUGAAUCCAGGGAACCUUGACUCGGACCUAUGGCGCUACCAGAGACCCUUUGUGCGCUGGUUCCUUCGGAAAACAGUAUUGUUUCCUGUUAUUUACGGAGCUUACACGUGCAUAUUCGCUGGAUUUUCAUCUCAGGUUACCCUUGAGAAGACGGGCCAACAUAUUGCUCCAUGGGGUAAAUUCUGGAACAUGUCCAAGGGAUUCGUCGCUGCGACGAAGACGAAGUCAGAAGGCGGCACUGGGGCUGCUCAGGAAUUUUGGAAGUGGUCUAAUGCCCAAGUUGCCAAGUAUUUGUGAAUAUAUUCUCAGUGUUGGGGGUUCUCUAAAGUUUCUUUGGUCUUAUUGGAGGGAUGGGCAUCAGGCGUUAUUAGCAUGAUUGAACUAUAUGUCAUACUAUCCUAAUAUGUUUCGUAAGCGCUUAAGGUUCAAUAGUUAGAAUUCGGAUGGGCUUUUCUUUGCUCGAUUGCGAUACUUGCCUAAUAAGAGGGACAAGGUGAAGAGUCCCCUC